GAAAAAGGAAUAAAGCACGGAAUUCUUUUGUCGGGAUUGGAUUAGACUUCCGUUAGGCGAUCCAGACUCUAGCAGGAACAACGUGCCAAUUAUAGUAAGGCUUGCCGCACAGAUCGGGGUGCAGACUGAGCGAGAUCAUAGAAGGCAUAGAACUUUGUGUCGAACAAUGGGGACCCACCGGGCGUAGUUCGUCCACUUGUGCAGGGCUGACAUCUUCGCCGACUCAGGAGAUCAAAUAUAUAGCGGACCAUUUCCGCAUUUGACCAAUUCCCACCUUUCGUUCUUUCUCCCUCCUCCGCUUGUCAGCCGCCCUAUAGAGGUAUUGGCAGCCAUGUCCCAGACCGCCUCGCCAUCUGGUACGAUUCUUGGUUGGACCUCUACGUCUGAAAACGAGGAAGCCGAUAUGCCUCCUUUUUCCCCGUUUCAGUCCUGGGAUUCUGCUCCAGUGAACGGCAGGGAUCUUGCACCUCCUCUUUCAUCAUCCGCACGUGCUUCUUCCAAUCCUACUACACGACCUCACUUGCACCGACAUAGCAUGUCGUUGACCUUACCUCCAGCCAAUAUGGCUCAAAACCAUCGUUCUUCUUAUCCCAGCAGCCCCUCUGAUCGUCGCGCUCGACACAAACGUGAAGCGGACCCGAAUUGGGUGCCGCGACCCCUGAAUUCGUUCAUGGUCUUCCGCGUCGAGUAUUCACGCCUGCAUGCUCAGGAGCACAAGACAGGCGAGCCGUCGUCCGCAGUGGCUGAGAAAACUCUGUCCAAACGGGCGUCGGAGGCGUGGAAGAAGAUGUCUCAGGCCGAGCGACAGGUAUAUAAGGACAGGGCGGAAGAAAUCAAGGUAGAACACAGCAGACUUCACCCCAACUAUCGCUACAGACCCCGACGACGUAACACCAAGGAAAGUCGAACCUGUAGUUCUAUAAGCCGUCGCGAACAAGUUGUAUCGUUCAUGGAGAGGGUUGAGUCGGGUGAUGUAGUCGGUGAUUCUGAUCUCGACCAUUCUCCCCCGGCCGAUCAUAUCAGCCUCGGUUCGUCCUCCCCAGAGCCGCCUGAAGUGCCCCGAAGAGUCACUACACCGACGCGAUCUGUCCGUCGUCGUCGUUCGUACUCACUUCCUCUUUCACGAGCUCCUGCCCCAGACCAAUACCCGCCUUUACGCACAUACCUCCUGGAGCCCGAGAAUGUGACUGUGUCGAGGCGUGCUAGGUCAUCGUUCACCCGUCCAUCGUCUUUUUACGCGACCUCAGGUGGCCAGACGUCUUACGAGAUUCCCAGCCCCUAUAUAGAUGAGAGCCUCUAUCAGGUUUGGGACUCUACAUCGACCUCCCCCUCCUCUCCAGACGUCGGCAUUUUUGACAGCCUCUCGUUCGACGACGGCCUGUUGUCCGUGUCUAGCGGUCUGUCCCCCCAGGCUACAGGCUCGUCCAUGUUAUCCGACGUUCCCGUCCAAGGCAGCGGUCUGGGUUCCAUACCAGAGACUGGCACAGCUCAAACACGAGAUCCACUGAUCCACCGACGCCAAAGGUCUAAUACCACGUCGGUCUUGCCACCUUCUCCACUCCAUGUCGUGUCGUCAUCUCUGGCCAACUGGAACGGCAUAGCGGCUGCGUCAACCUCGAGCCUUCCUACUUUCGGCUUUGGGCAGUCUUCGCCCACGCAUGAUUUGAAUCGCCGACUUGUCGCCAGUGAAGCUAAUGCUCAGACGACACAGCCGGGGACACAGUCAUCCCUCAUGUUCUCCGCUGGGUCUGGCGCGCUCGUGCCCAACGAAGGCAUUGACUUCGAUCGCACUCCUCGGAUGGCGGAUUUCCCCAGAGAUGUGCGAAGCCCAUACACGACGCAAAGCAACAACACCAACGCUUGCGAGCGGAGCACACUCCAGUAUCCAGAAUACCCUCAAGGGGACGCUAGCUACGAACUUGGCGCGGACUUGGAGGCGUAUGCAGCCGGCCUAGAGGCCCUCAGCAUCGUGCCGGAGACGUACGACAUUAUCCCGUCCUCUGACGAGUUAAACUUCAGCGACCUCUUCCAUGUCAGCCCUUGAGCCAUAGGCGGGGCAUUUACGACCAUAUACCCGUAACGAAAAGGACUCACCGAGCGACGUUUAUUCCUUCAUACGUUUCCUCUCUUUUCAUGACCAAAAGCUUCAUGUAGCAUAGUCUUAUACCACCUUUACGACCAUUGACGAGUAUUCUCGCUUCAGGUUUUCGUUGCCUUCAUGCUCCAUCAUCAUCAGUCCUUGCUUCAUCUUCAUUGUAUCUACCUGACUUACACAUACACCAUGAUUCGCAACGAAUCGUAUACCCCAGAUCCGGUCGUUUGUUUUGUGCCAUAGAGUUUUUUGGUCGCUUUCGUUGGUAGUUUGGCCUUCUCGUAGUUGCAUUCAGCGGACAUGAAUAAAUGCCCGUUUGCAUAAUUGCAU